CACACAACCCGUGAAAUGCUGUCUAGACCCCCGUCAGACACUGUGAAGCCCCGGGCUGUCGUGAUGUCGGAGCCCAGAAUGCCCAUCCCGGCCCCUGAGGACACCUAUAAAGGCUGGCUCUUCAAAUGGACUAAUUACAUAAAGGGAUACCAAAGGCGCUGGUUCGUCCUGAGCAAUGGCUUGCUGUCAUACUACAGGACCCAGGCGGAGAUGCGUCACACAUGUCGGGGCACAAUAAACCUGGCCACAGCCAAUAUAGCGGUGGAGGACUCCUGCAAUUUCGUCAUCUCUAAUGGCGGCACGCAGACGUAUCACCUGAAGGCCAGCUCAGAGGUGGAGCGGCAGCGGUGGAUCACAGCACUGGAGCUGGCUAAAGCCAAAGCUUCCCGCAUGCAGCUUGAAUCGGAUGACUCCGGGGAUGACUCCACUCCUAAUGCAGCAGGUCAGAGCACAGGCUCACGCAACUCAGAGGUGCAGUCAACCCUCCGGACACUGGGCAGCAAGGUGGAGGAUCUCAGCACCUGCAACGACCUCAUCGCCAAACACGGCUCUGCUCUUCAGCGGUCCUUAUCUGAGCUGGAGGGAGUUCAGCUAGGAGGAGAGACGAGUGAAAAGAUUCGACAGGUGACGGAGCGAGCCACUCUCUUCCGCAUCACCUCCAAUGCCAUGAUCAACGCCUGCCGGGACUUCAUGACGUUGGCUCAGACUCACAGUAAGCGCUGGCAGAAAGCCCUGCAGUCCGAGAGAGAGCAGAGAGUGCGACUGGAGGAGACACUGGAGCAGCUCGCCAAACAACACAACCAUCUGGAGAGAGCCUUCAGAGGAGCGACCGUACUGCCUUCAUCCCAGAGCAACCCUGCCAUAGAUAGCAAAGGCCCAGUUCCAAGAAAGGGUGAUGCCAGUGACGAGGAUGAGGAGAAUGAAUUCUUUGAUGCAUGCGAGGACGUUCAAGAGUUUAUCACUGUACCAGCAGACCCCAAAUAUCACAGAUCCGGCAGCAAUGUCAGCGGAAUCAGUAACGAGCUGGGAAUGGACGAUGGGACGACGUCGCUAGAUGAGCAGUCUCUGGCAUCCAAUCCCGAAUCUCCACAGUCCCAGGAACUAGUGCCUGUGAGAAAGAGGCGGACCCGAAUCCCAGAUAAACCAAAUUACUCUCUCAAUCUAUGGAGCAUCAUGAAGAACUGUAUCGGAAAAGAACUCUCCAAAAUCCCUAUGCCUGUAAACUUCAACGAGCCCCUGUCCAUGCUGCAGCGUCUCUCCGAGGAUCUGGAGUACUACGAGCUGCUGGACCGGGCCGCUAAGUGCCAGAGCUCUCUGGAGCAGAUGUGUUACGUGGCAGCUUUCACGGUUUCCUCUUACUCCACUACAGUUCACCGCACGGGCAAACCCUUCAACCCUCUGCUAGGCGAGACAUUUGAGCUGGACCGCGUGCAGGAGAGCGGCUACAGGUCCCUCUGUGAGCAGGUAAGCCAUCACCCUCCGGCUGCAGCCCAUCACGCGAUCUCCGAGCGAGGCUGGACCCUGAGACAGGAGAUCGCCCUGGCCAGCAAGUUCAGGGGAAAAUACCUCUCCAUCAUGCCCCUGGGUUCUAUUCAUUGUAUUUUUGAGAAGAGUACCCAUCACUACACCUGGAAGAAAGUCACAACCACAGUGCACAAUAUCAUUGUCGGGAAACUCUGGAUAGAUCAGUCAGGAGAAAUAGACGUUGUGAACCACAAAACAGGCGACCGCUGUCAUCUCAAAUUCGCACCGUACAGCUACUUCUCCAGAGACGUGGCCAGAAAAGUCACGGGGGUGGUGACGGAUAAAGAUGGGAAAGCGCACUAUGUUCUGUCUGGGACGUGGGACGAGAAGAUGGAAUACUCUCGUGUGAUGCAGAGCAGCAGAGGGGGAGAGAACGGCGCUGACGGACGACAGAAAACCGUCUAUCAGACACUCAAAGCCAAAGAGCUGUGGAAGAAGACUCCGCUGCCGGAAGGCGCUGAAAACAUGUACUACUUCUCGACCCUGGCGUUGACAUUGAACGAGCCGGAGGAGGGUGUUGCUCCCACGGAUACCAGGAAGCGGCCGGACCAGCGUCUAAUGGAACAGGGCCGCUGGGAAGAGGCUAACACUGAGAAACAAAGGCUGGAGGAGAAGCAGCGCACCGUCCGCCGAGAGAGGGAGCGAGAGGCCAACCGCGCCGCCAGCCCUUCCGAAGAGGGUAAGGAGUCAGCGGACGGGGCUGAAGAAGUCGAGAUUGCCAGUGAGCCAUCUGAGACCACUUACAAAACUGACACAGAUGAAACUUCCUCCGAUCUUUCGCUAUCAACUGAAACACUGCACGGCUCACACCCACCUGCAUACUCAAUGGAGGGCCCUUAUGGAGCUCCAGUCAAAAGUGGUCACCAGGACAACUACACGCCGAUGUGGUUUGAGCGGCUCGUCGACCCGAUGACAGGAGAGCCCACGCACAUCUACAAAGGAGGAUACUGGGAGGCCAAGGAGCAGGGCUACUGGGACUCCUGCCCAGAUAUCUUCUGAUCCCAAUCACGCACAUGCCCCACCGUGCCCUCACUGUACCGUUUCCCAGAAAAACAAAAAAACGAAAGCUCAAUCAGCUGCCCCCUUCUCUUUUCCCGUAUCGUAGUAUAUUGAGAUACGCGUUCUCUCUUUCACCAGCCGCGCUCUACUCAGUGGACAAUAAGGAACACCGAAAUGGUUCGGGAACUUUCUCCCACCACCAUCCACUGUGUGUCUCUCUGUUUUCCUCGUGUUCACAGGAUUAUUAAAACAUAGGGUCUGUGGUUCAGUAAAUGCUAGAGUUAGGAAAACAUAUCCUUCCGAAUCCCUUUCCCGCUCCACACAUCUUGCUCAAGCUGUGGACGUCACAUCCUUAAACAUCCGGGGGAUACGAAGGCCUGUUUGAUUGUGUGUGUGUGUGUGAGUGAGUGAAUUAGUGCAUGUGCGAGUGAGUUCAGAGAAGCGCUGUAAUCUUUUCAUUGAGCGUGUUUGUGUGAGCUCGCCUUGGUUUGUGGAUUUUAAAGGAAUGGUUUGCACAAAUAUGAAAGAUCUGUCAAUGAUUACUCACCACCUUAUUUUUUUUAUUUGCAAAAUAUGCAGCUCUUUUCCAUACAUUGACCACUUGUCAAACAAGAUAAAAGUAUCAUAAAAAAUAAUCUAACAAUGCGAUUUGUGAUGCUAUAUUCCAAGUCUUCCAUAUCUAUAUGCUAGUUUUGUGCAAGAAAUUUGAUACUUGUUCUAACUGGCACAGCAAUUACGACACACAAGAACCAGUGGUGUUUUAGAGUCAAUAACUUGAUGAGACGUCAGAUCUUCAGUGGAGGGGAAGAUUAUAACUGAAUAACAAUGUAAAGUUCAGUCUUUUCCUCACACUGAGCCAUUGUAUUACUUAAAAUAUAAUGUACAAGCCGUAUGCAUCAUUUUAUGGUGCUUUUUAGUCAUUAUUUUGGUCCAUUUUGGAGCUCUGAUGGACUGUAAACUGUUCUACAGAAGAAAAAAAUCAUGAAAGUAUUCUAUGCGAUUUGAGAUGUUAUAUUCUUUCUUUAAAUAAUAUUUCAGAGCUUUGGCAGAUGGGAAGAUUAUCACUGAAUAACAAUGUAAAUUUCAGUUUUGAUUCUUUUUGGAGCUUGACAGCCUAUAAAUUGUUCUACGGAAAAGAAAAAACCACCAUGAAAGUAGUCUAUGUGAGUUGGGACGAUAACGAAAUUCAAAAGUUAUUUGAAUUUAUAUGAUAGUUUUGUGCAAGGUAUUCUUAAUACCUACAUAGCUUUGGCAGAUGGAAAGAUUGGCAGUGAAUAACAAUGUAAAUUUCAGUCUUUUUAUAUUACUUGACAUACAACACACAAGUCAUAUGCUUACUUUUAUGGUGAUUGUAAGUCAUUAUUUUGGUCCUUUUUUACCAACAACGUGGGUUUGAAUGACCCAAAGGCGAGUAAACAGCGAAGACAUAUUCAUUUUUGCAUGAACCAUUCCUUUUAAUCCCAUCAUAUCUGUUCAGUUCUCUCAAUCACUCUGCUUCUAAUGAGGGACAAUGUAAGCAUCGUUCUGAUAUUCUUACUAACACUUAAAUCACUUAAAAAGACUAAUCAAUUGUCCAGAGCAUGUUGAGAACCUCUAGAACAGCAUAUCUUAUUGAUGCUCGCAUAUGCAGGAGAGCCACAUAAAAGCAUCAGUGUAGCCAGAGAAAAACGCUGCACUGCUUGAAUUUAGCGUCAAUGUUUGAAACUGACAAGUCGCUGUGAUGUGUAGUGUACGUAAGACCAAAGGAUCUACUCGUUUGUUGAUGUUUCCCCUUCAGCCUGGGCACAGAUGCAUUAUGGUCUCCUCUUGCUCGCGUGGAAAGCUGUGAGGAGAAGGACAGUGUCCACAAACUGAGGCGCUCGAGUGUGUGUGAGUAUGAUUGUGUGUGUGUGUGUGGGCACGUGAGGUCAAGGGAGUCUCAAACCAGUUUGUAUGUGUGUGUGAUCAUGAGUGAUGUAUUUGGAGUUUGUUGUAUAUUCCAGUGAAACAAAAAAAGAAAAAUCACAUUUUAUUUUCAAGUGUACUUAAACAAAUGUGUGGGGAAAAAAAACAGAAUACAGCAAUGCAAAAACAUUGCGGAUAUUUGUGUGUAUAUAUAUCAAAUAAUGAAGUAAAAUAUUCAUACUAUUAAUACCAAUCCUUAUGCUGACACUGACAGUUAGAGUUAUAAUUAUGAUGGUAAUUUUGAUGUAGUUUGAGGGUUCAGCACAAUUAUUUAGAUUUUUAUUUUUUUUUGUCUGUUUGAUAUGGGAAGCCAGGACCCAUUCUUGUUUUCUUCAUAUCAAAGACAAAACAUUUGCUCGUUGUCCUUAAAUGGAUUCAGACUAAUGGACAUUUUAUAUAUAUAUAUAUGUAUAUCUAUCCCAUCAUCCUCCUGUUCCGUUAAAACAGCAGGUUUACUGUGAAUUCACAGUUUUACUGCUGUUUGUAAUAAUUGCAGAAUCUCUUUUCUUGGUUUGCAGUCUUUUAUUUGUACAACUGUUCAACUUGUUCUUUCUUGAUUUGAUUUCUUUGACUGUCAUUCCUUAAGUUUUCCUCACUACCGCUGGUUGGCAUUCUUCUUUUUGUUUGUCCUGUUGGUGUUGUCCCUCUCUUGGCCUCUGAUCAUUGUGUUACAGCACAGAAUUGCUCUUGACUUUCGUCAUGGUGCAGAUGAUAGUGAAAUAAAAGCUGGUUUGAAAAGGAAA